AUGGCAGCCGCAGCCAAUUCGUCUUCCACCAAUCCCGCGACGGUCUUCCCUCGCAGCCACGUCGGUUUUGACAGCAUCACCUCCCAGAUUGAGCGCAAGCUGUUGAAACGUGGAUUUCAGUUCAAUGUCAUGUGCGUUGGCCAGACGGGUCUGGGCAAGUCCACUUUGAUCAACACCAUCUUUGCUUCGCACCUUAUCGACUCCAAGGGUCGCAUGACCCCCAACGAACCUGUCCGCUCGACCACCGAGAUUCAGACCGUUUCGCAUAUCAUUGAGGAGAACGGCGUGCGUCUGCGUCUCAACAUUGUUGACACUCCUGGAUACGGUGACCAGGUCAACAACGACAGAUGCUGGGACCCCAUCGUGAAAUAUAUCAAGGAUCAGCACUCCGCAUACCUCCGCAAGGAGCUUACCGCUCAGCGUGACCGCUACAUCCAGGAUACCCGUAUUCACUGCUGUCUGUUCUUCAUCCAGCCUUCUGGCCAUGCUCUCAAGCCCAUUGAUAUUGUUGUGCUGAAGAAGCUGUCGGACGUUGUAAAUGUUGUCCCCGUCAUCGCCAAGGCCGAUUCCCUUACCCUCGAAGAGCGUCAAGCAUUCAAGGAGAGAAUCAAGGAAGAGUUUGCCUUCCACAACUUGAAGAUGUACCCCUACGACAAUGACGAACUCGAUGAUGAAGAGCGUGCCGUCAACGUCCAGAUCAAGGACAUCAUUCCCUUUGCUGUUGUGGGUAGCGAACGUACCAUCGUCGUCAAUGGCCAGCAGGUUCGCGGCCGCCAGAACCGCUGGGGUGUCAUCAACGUGGAGGAUGAGAACCACUGUGAAUUUGUUUACCUGAGGAACUUCCUCACUCGCACUCAUCUGCAGGACCUUAUCGAGACGACCAGCCAGAUCCACUAUGAGACCUUCCGUGCCAAGCAGCUGCUGGCAUUGAAGGAAAGCAGUGCCGCUGGGAGCCACCCCGGUAGCAGCCGUCCCAUCAGUCCCUCGGCGGACAGAGAGCUCAGCCGCAACUCGCAACGCAUGACUAUGAACGGUUAUUGA